AUGCCCCAGAGUAAACAUGCAAAUAAAGAAAAUACUAACCCAAUCUUUAGCUGUCAAACUCUGGAGGGAAAAGGUAGUAAUACUUUAGAAUCAGUGUUCAAGAACCAACAGAUAAAAUCAUCAGAGAGAGGUAUGCAAAACACAAAAUACCAAAGUUUGCUUGCAGGAGAUUUUAAUCUGGGAGGAACAAAAGCUUCUAAAGAAUAUAGUUUUGAAGUUAGCAACACAGGAGACACAGUGAAGGCAUUGCUGGAAAGGGACAUUUUAUCUAACACGCCUGUAGUUUCUCAAAAGGAACAAAUGAAAAGUGAUCACUUAAAAAGUAUUGAUACAAAAGUUGUUAAAAAUUCUGAUCAGUUGAAUCUCUCACAGAAGUCCUUAUUUGCAAAAUGCAGUCAAACACCAAAUCAAAAAAACAUUCCACAGACCACCUUGCCACUGUCUAGUUCACACUCAAAGGUUUCCCCAGAUGCUGCCAUUGGACAUGUGACACAGAGUUCAGCUCCAUCCCAAAAAGCUUAUUUAAUGUCAAGCAUUACAGCAACACCUAGACCAUUAUCUACUACAGGAUAUAGUGAGUUAUCUCAGAAGUCAGAGGCUCAGCAAAAUAAGGAAGUGCCAGUAGCUCCUCACAGGAAUGUAAGCAAUGAAGAGAUCAACCCACGUGCAGGAUUAGCAAAAGACGGUACGGAUUCAAUGCAUCCAAAGCAUUCCUCAACAGUGCCACAACAGAGUGGUGUUUCCCAGGUGCACCAUAAUGCAGCCCAGUCUGUGGUGUCAUCUCAUUCCAGUACUGCUGAUGAGUAUAGACAGCCAAAAGUAUCAAAAGCUCCACAGACCAGCCAACCAAUGCCUCAAGGGACCACCACUAAGAAUAAAAGUCCCUCUUCCACAGUAGAGAUGAAGUCCAAAGAAACACCAGUCAUCAAUAGAACACAACCUAGGCAGUUCCAGACUCCAUCAGGCCAGAUGCUCAGAGCAAUGCCUCCAACUCCCUCAUCCAAACAAAAGAUGCAGCACAUGGAUCACAUUGUUGUCAAUGAUCAGGAAUAUCUGAAACUGGGGCUUGUUGGGCGAGGCGGAUCCAGUAAAGUGUAUGAGGUACUGGAUCUUGACACUCGUAAAGUGAAGGCAAUUAAAGUUGUUGAACUUGAGGGUGUAGAUGAAGCCACUCUUCACUCUUACAAGAAUGAAAUAGACAUACUUCAUAGACUGCAGUGGUCUGAUAAGUGUGGUGUUGAUAAGGAAAACAGGCAAGAGUGGCUGUCACCUGGAACACAAGAAAAACGUGGAAAACUUUCUUUGAUUUCAAUGUCUAACAUUGCUUGGGUGUCUGACUUUAACACUAUUUACUUCUAUUAUGAUAGGAAUGAGGUCUCCAUCAACUCAAUCAAGCCUAUCACAUAA